CCCCACUACACCGAAAUGGGUUAAUGACAUAGCGAAACGGUCAGACUGCCUGUCACACUGGAACAAAUUUGUUUUGAAGCUUCGAUUGUGAUCUCCCCGAGAGUUGAAAGAAAUGGGCACUAGGGAGCUCCAGUACUCCGUCCAAUCGCUUUGUCUCACCUGCCUUGUACACCUGGAGCAUGGUGGUGGACACGAUCUCUUCGUGGUUCCAGAUCUGUUCCAGAAACUCAGGGCUUGCACUUCGUUUGAUGCGGAUCAGAACGACGGUUUCCCGAGAAACCUGUGCACCAAAUGUUUCACCAAGCUGAACGACCUGCACGACUUCCGCGAACUAUGCGCAGGAUCCAUUAAACGUCUUAAGGAAAUGGUGACCAGCCAGAGGAAUAUGUCCAUGGGUGUAUUCGAAUCUAUAGCUGAUGAUUCUGAGGCACCUGAAAGGACAGAGGAGCCGGCCAGUUUCGAUCCCCUGCUGAAUAACAAACUAGAGAUGAUUGACAACGAGGAGGAUGUGUUCAAGAUGCUGGAAAAGGUUGACAAGGAACUAGAGGAGCAUCCAAGGGACCAAAGCGAGGAGGAUUUCUCCAGUGCAGAGCACAACGGACUGGAGGAGAAGAAAAUGGCGUCGGAAGGGUUCACCAACGAUGACGAGCAGGCCAUGGAGCAGCGACAGAUUCCGAACGACAAGCGAAAACUGCAUCGCCUUAUGAGCUGUUCCAUCUGCCAGCAAAAGUUCAAAAAGCAAUCAAAGUUCGAGGAGCACAUGAAGCACCACAAUGACCUGUUGCCGUUUCAGUGUCAGGAGGAAAGUUGCCGCAAGGGCUUCAUCACAGCCGGUGCACUGCGUUUGCACUUAGACUAUGCGCACUCCAAGAAGAAGGAUGCGAUUCCCUGCACCGUGGAGGGCUGUCAAUUUGUUUUUUCCCGUCUCCGUCUGCUGACCAUCCACUUGAAGAAGGUUCACAACCAGACGAGGGUUAGUGCUCCGCGGGGUGAACAGUCUUGCAAGGAAUGCGGCGCGGUUUUUCGUUGUCCGAUGGCUAUGAAGAAACACAUGUACACGCACACGGGCGAAGAGUUCCCCUAUCCGUGUACCAUUUGCGGCAAGGGCUUUUGCAUCAACAGUGCCCUAAAGAAUCAUCUUCUCCGGCAUGCUGGCAUCAAGAACUACGUGUGUCAGUACUGCGGAGUGAGAAAGACCACCCGCCAGGAAUGGAGCACGCACAUUCUGAUCCACACCCAGCAGAACCAGUUUAAGUGCCGCAUCUGCGACUAUGCCACCCACACUAAGCGGUUGCUAGAGAGCCACGUUAAGAUCGUGCAUGAGAAAAUCCGGGAUUUUGCUUGCCAGUACUGUGGAAAGACGUUCGGGAAAGCGUACUCCUGCAAAAUACACGAGAUGGCGCACACUGGUGAGAAGCUAUGCGAAUGCAAGAUUUGUUACAAAAAGUUCCUGCAUACGCAGAGUCUCAACAAGCACCUCAAGAUUCAUGAGAAGAGCGUGGAAAAGGCUCUGGAAAGUUUUAAACAGCGGCAAGUAAAUAGCGACGCCAGUGACAGUCAAGGGGACUCGGAUCAGCUGCUGAAGGUGUUUGCCGAAUCCGUAGCCAGCAUUCCUAAGAAUCCCCGCCGCGUAGAGCAAGUGGAUUUCGGCCUACUGGCAGGGACCGUAGUGAAUCCCACAGACCAGAUUCAGUCUGUUCAGAAGGAGGGUAUGCACUUUUGUCCCAGCUGCAGUCAGGGAUUCAAGAAUAUAGGCAACAUGAAGCGCCACUACAAGAGCGUCCACGAAAAAGUCAAGGACUUUGAGUGCCGUUUCUGCUCCCGUCGCUUUGCCAACUCUCAAUCCUUGAAGCAACACGAGUGGAUACACACUGGCGAAAAGCCCUUCGAGUGUAAGACUUGCGGCAAUCGCUUUCGCCAAGUAGCGGCGCUCAUCCGUCACCAAAAAGUCCAUGACGAAAAGCCGCCAAAGUGCCUGGGGGAGAGAGCUGAGUGUAGAGAAAAGACUGAGGCUCUACGGCAGGAAAUUGUGAAGAUCGCCAAGGAGGAGCUCAAGGAUUUGGUGUCCCAAGGGGCACUGGAGAAGCAGCAAAACACCUACGAACAGUAUGAGGCAGCGGCAGCUGGCCAAACUGGUCCUGACUUAAAGGAGGAACCUUAAUUGGCGAAUAGUUUAGGAUUACAUAGGGCAAGAGACUUCCCCUAAGAGUAGAAAUUUUUAUUGUUGGUUAAUAUUUAACUAUUGUUAUCCUAGUUCUAAGUUUUUAAAUAAACUUGACCAAAAUGGCAAACUUUGGAAUAACUAAUGGUUUUGCGGAGCAAAACUUGUUAAAAAAAAUUCGUUAGAAAUACAAACAAAUGUUUCUAGUUUUUCAAUUUUUUUUUUAUUUUUACUUUCACUUGCUUGUUAUUUUGAUGAGAGAGUGUCUUAAUGUCGUCAAAUGAUUGCAAACAGCCGGAACCGGGCUCAAAUGGCUGCACUCCGCGAUGUCCGGCCGUUUAUAUGAUAGAUGGAGUGAUGGAUGGAUGAUAAUGAUUAGAU